AUCCUAUAUUCUUCUGUCCAUAUCAUCUUUAAAUCUCACUACCGGACUCUUCCACUGACGCAAAACAACCCGCUCACCCUCCCGAACAAAGCACUCGUAUCAAACGACUUCAACAUUCACAUUCCGUUAAAUUCACCAUCGGAAACAUCGGCGACUAGCCUGGACGUCAUGGAGGGGACGUGGCAGACGAAGCAUCAGUCGUCACACGCAGGCCAUGUCGAGAUAUCUCCGAUCAUGACGGCUGAUCACUCUGAUACCCAUACCAACGAUGCCUCGAACUGGGAGCAUUGGAACGAUAUUGUCGCAUUUGCUCCAGGACAGGGUGAUUCUGCGGUAAUCACUUUCAUUUAUAACAUGCUGCCGAAAUGCAAGCAAUGGGUUGUCAGACGGAAAAGGUCUCCUAGGACGAAUCCAUACGAUGAUCAGGACCUCCGCCAGUAUUAUAUUGAUCUCAAGUCAUUCGUUGCGUAUCUUGAUACAAUUCAAAUCACACCAGCCAUCAAGAACAACAAAGAGCUGGGAUUUUGCCGUCGCUUGAUCACAGAUACGAAGAACAGUGACAUCAUGCCCAGGUUCAUUGUAGACCGCUUCAAUUCCAUUUGGGAGCGCUGGGAUGGACAGAUCCAGGACCUGAUCGAUGACGAUAGAAACGAGCACGGCAACCCUCACGACAUGGGCAAUACCAGCCAGACGGAAGAACUGCCUAAAAUUCCGUAUCCGCAUCCGGACCAUCCCAUCUAUGGCGUUGGCGGCAUUAUGCACGGUGUGCUGGCUGGAAAGCCAUCAUCCGGUGCCAGAUUCCGAUACACGCUCGAUCCUCGCCUUCCGAAGAAAGACGCCCAUGUUAUCGGACAUAAUGGCCUUGUCCCUGGCGCCUGGUUUCCAAAACAACUGGUUGCUCUUUUCAAAGGAGCGCAUGGAUCGAGCCAGGGCGGUAUCGCGGGCUCUAAGGGUCAAGGUGCAAUAUCUAUCAUUGUCGGCUCAGCGGCGUACGAAAACGUUGACCGGGAUUGUGGAAAUAUCAUAUACUAUUCGGGUGCACAAACGCCAGGAGCGCGGUUGCCCGGUGACAAACAGGAUUCGGCUUCGACAAGAUUACUUCUCGAAUCUUUUAGCAAAGGGAACCUUGUCAGAGUUAUCCGUAAAAAGAACCAUACAUCGCAACAUGCACCGGCUGAGGGUCUUCGGUACGACGGACUAUACCGCGUCACCAAAUGGGUUGAGAGGACCGAAAUCACUACGGGCCGCCAUCGAGUCUUGCUGGUUACGCUUGUACGAGACCCAGACCAAAUCAGUCUUGAAGACGCCAAAGCGAGGGCGCCGUCGGCUACUGAACAGAGACGGAUUAUGGAAGCAGUGGAGAGGGGAUAUUAA